UUAGCAUGGCCGAGUGGCUCUCCAAUCUCGUGCAGCAACUUUCGCCUCGAGAAGAAUCUCGCUCCUCAUUGGCAUCUCCAACGAGCAGUCGCAAGCUACCAUCGCCAGCUUCUACGGCCCGCGUAGAUACCGUGUCAAGUCCGAGUCAAAAGACCAGUUCUCCAAUCAUGGCCUCCCCCGUAGCUAAGGCACAAACGUCGAAGACCCUAGUGCCGUCAGAAACGCCAACACUUGAAGCGCAAUUCCAGUCGCACGUAAAAAAUCUGCUGCCAGAGCAAUCAAAUAUAUUGCCUUCGAGCGAUGGCGAGCACCCAACACCUGGAGGCGAAUCUCGGAAGGAAGAUGCAGACGUAAAGCCUUCCAGCACGGUAGCCGUGAAAAAAAGUGGGGCAGGCGGCGUAGUAUCCGGCGUAGAGGGUGUUACGGGAACGACGGACACCGCAAAUAGUGAAACGUUGGUUGGAUCGCCUAAAAUUGCAGCUGACACGACGCAGGACGCGGAUCCCGCUGUUUCCUCUGGUGCGCGAGGCAGUGCCGUCACUACCAAUGGGAGCAGCAAGGUUGAGAGCGGCGGAAGUAGUGGUGGGAACAGGGGCACUGAGGAGGGUCAUACAAAGACGAGCCCUAAGAUCAGCAGCACGACAGACCGCGCUAAAGGUCCAGCCAGCCCCACUAAGAGGAGAAGUCUUCCAGUGUUCCCAGUUGCAAGAGGGGAGGCGGAUAACACCAAUACAGGCGUUAAUCGGCAGGACGAGAAAAAUACCAGCCAAUCCAAACAUCAAGGGCCAUCAGUUGCUAAUGACCAUCAGCUGUCGAGCAGUUCAAGCACAGAGGUUGCCGCAGCAAGUUCUGUCAAACGAGGCAGUGGUUCAGGUAGCAACCAGCGAACGAGUGACACGGGAAAGUCGCCAUUGGAGGAUUCGCAUAGCACUAUUGCACGAGGCAAGUCAGCUCCACAAAGAAGUGGCAACGGUGGUCCAAGCCCAAAGGAGCUGACCCCACGAGGUUCCCAGUUGGAGUCAACCUCGAGCCGGAACGUGUCCUCGCCUAUUGCGGCUCUUCCAGAAGAGCCUGUGAUGCCGUUACCAGUGGCUAGCAUGGUGGGGGGAGAGCUGGCAGCCAUGAUCAGCAGCACGAGGGCUUGUGUGUAUGAGGCCACAGAGUUCUUUGUGGCCUGGCAAGGCGUGCUCACGGUGGCUUACUCAGGGAUCCCGCCUGCUCUGUGUGAGCUGAAGGAUCGCAUGGGAGCAACUCUGUCAUCCAUGGUGCCAGAGAAUCCUGGCUCGCGCUGGCCAAAGACCACCCUGGCGUGCCUGCGGGACGACCAGAGGCUCACACCUGAGCAGCUAUCCACCCUCAGGGACAUCUGCAGCACAAUGAGCUUUCAGCUGGCUCUCUCCCCGCCUGUGCUGGUGGACACCCUCUCAGUGGUGCUCUACGAGAACUGCUGCCUGGAGAAGCAGCUCUCCGCCACGCACAUCCCCUUGCAGCACCCCAUAGACCCCGCGCCCCCUUCGCUUGAGCAGCGGCAGUACGUGCGCGGGGUGGUGGACGAGUUUGGUGUUAAGAACCUUGCCAAGUACUGGCUGCAUGCUUCUAAAGAUGGCAAUCGCUCCAGCCAUUACCGCAAGCCCAAGAUGGGAGCGACGGUGGUUCGAUUCCUGGCACCGCAUGAGGUGCCAUCAGCCCUUUCUGUGUUCAGGCGUCUGGUAGAUGCUGCCCUGCCGGGGAUCUAUGACUGGUUCGCUGACGACUCCCUGCACAUCACCCUCCGUGCCCUCUGCUGAUUGGCCCCUGUACAGAACUAAGGAUUCGUCUUGGCAAUUGUGAUCCUUCAGUUAUUCGUAGCCUCAGCCAACUUCUAUUAUGGACCGUACGAUCAGCUCGAGUUCCCCAUUUCUGUAGUCUGCGUCGACUUGAAUCCUAUGCUGCUUUAUUGGUACUCUGACUUAUCCAUGGAUGACAUUGCUCUAUGUAUCAUAUGGGAAAACAAA